AUGGAGAGAUUGCAACUAAAGAUUGAAGAGAACAGGAGUGUCAUCAGAAAGUCAGAAUUUUUCAAUGAACUCAAGGCGACAAUAAAUGGCUCUUUCAAAUGUAUACGAUGUCUUGCUUUGGGGUCGCCGUCGCAAAGCUCGGACGCUAGAUAUCAAUACGCAUUGCUACUAGAGUUGAUUGAGUACUUGGGAGUCACAGAAAUAUCCAUCUACGAUCCAGCAUUCACAAAAGAGGAUAAAGAGUUGUUUGGGGGUUACAAAAUUGAGCAAAAGUUCAACCUUCGGCAGGAUGAGAGUGUUCUUUUCUAUAUACCCCAUUUACCACUUGAGGCAAUGGAGAUGGUGCUAAACACAGAGAAACCAGUUUGCUUCUUAGGAAAUGAUGCAAUUGCCCACACAGACAGAUUAACAAAGAAGAAAUUGGCUGAGUUGUACCCUGGUAUGGCUAUAUUGGUGCAAUACUUACAAGGUUUGGAGUCCGAUGAUGGGUUUACAAAAGUAUCGAAAAAUAGAAGGAGAAAGCAGUUUAAAGAGCCAGAUAUUGUAUACAACUUUGACUCCGUUUACUUCAAGCAUGUGGAUAUUGUUCGUUACAAACACAAUUUCAACAAAAAUGACCCAUGGGGAAAUUCAUUUUCAGACUUGGCACUACAUAGACUCACUACAUAA